AUGGGAUCCGAACUUGGGGUCACUGCCGCAUCCACGCCCCAGCCAGCCUAUACUCCGGUCAGUAUAUGGUGGACCUGUUGGGCGGGCACCUGGACGGUUAUUGUUGCGUCUGGCGUGGUCUAUCUCAUCGCCCAUCGCAACACACCUCCUCUCCUGCUGCGAGGCCUCGGGCUGUCGCUGUCCGCUGUUGUUAUGCUCCAUGUUUAUUGGGCUUCAGUGCAAUUCGGAACCAUGAUUGGUACCAUCAUGCCCGGAGAUGUCGAGUACUGGAUCAUGGGCACCUAUCUACCAUGUGGCAUUGCCCUGUUCCACGCGUCAAGCAGUCGCUUCUACCACGUGGCAAAGCUUCAGGAAGGCUAUAUCAUUCGCAGCAGUGGUGGGAAUGAUUUAUACUCCACGAGGGGUAAGCUCGGUGCCGUAGACCGGUUCCGUCGCCUUGCAUACACUACCAAGAUCCUCGUGCUUGUUACGGUGGCGUCACUCGUUCAGGUAUUUCUCACGGUCUUGAUGUGGCUUAUCUCCCGCAAAUGGCACCGCACUUGGGGGAUUCCAGGCACCGAGGUCCAUGGGACCGAGAUGCAGCAAACGUCGGAAAUGGGCCGGGGCUGGGAGUGGUGGCCUGGCGUGUUGGGACAGGUCUUCUGGUCCUGGAUUGUGGGCCCCGUCGUCCUCUGGAAAUCCCGUCACAUCCACGACACCCACGGCUGGAGAGUCCAGACGAUAGGCUGCGUCAUCGCCAAUCUCCCGGCGACGCCGAUGUGGCUCAUCGCUGUCUAUGUUCCCGCCAUGGAGCCGGUCAAUCAGUACUGGCUACCGCCCCAGUGGAUUUGUCUCUCUAUCUGGGUGAUGGAGGUUUUUGCUGUUCUCCUGCCGUGCCGGGAGGUAAUGCGCCAUCACGCUAUCCGACAAGGAGCCUUCGAUUCGAUCGCACGGUGGGAACCCAAUACCAAUCCCUUUGCUGAUGGCACCACAGCCCGCAGGUCAGCCUCCAUUCUUGUCGAGGUCACAGGGUCUGGCCGGGAAUCAUGGGGUAGAACUCCUGGCUCCAGUUCCAGCUCUCGGGAUAGCAUAUUCACUAAGCGUGCGCUUGAAUAUGUCUUGGUGCGCAAUCCUGCCCCGCUGCAGGAUUUCUCUGCCCAUGGCGACUUUUCCGGAGAGAAUAUAGCUUUUCUGACCCGGGUGGCAGAAUGGAAGAGCUCGCUGCCCCAUGCGGUCUGGGAUAGCAGAAUCUCAGACUAUGGAGAUCUUACCGACUUGUUUCGGGAGCAGUUUCACCGCGCGCUGUGUAUUUACACGACGUUCAUCAGCGUUCGCCACGCGCAGUUACCGAUCAACAUCUCUUCGCAGGAACGGAAUGAGCUGAAGAACGUAUUUGAGGGCCCUGUUGUGCUUCUCUUCGGAGACGGGCGCCCGGUCAAUCCCGCCGUUCCGUUCGAUUCGCCAGGCUAUGGCCCCACGCCCUCAGCGUCUCCGAUCGCCUCCAUAAAGGCCGACUCCAGUUUGCUAAUUACCGACAACAGUCGGGUGCAAUACUGGGGCGAAAUCCCCCAAACAUUCAAUGCGACGGUCUUUGACCGAGCCGAGGAGAGCAUCAAAGACCUAGUCCUCACCAACACAUGGCCCAAGUUUGUUCGAGGUUGCGGCCUCGCAGCUGAGGUUGGUUUGCUCGCGGGGAGCUAG